AUGAAAAUAUUAAAACCGACAUGGGUAGAACAUAGUGGUUAUUCUAUAUUUUCAAUAGAUAUACAUCCAGAUGGAACUAGAUUUGCAACGGGUGGUGGUGAUAAUAAAGUAAAGAUAUGGAGUAUAGCACCGGUGGUUGUGGAGGAAGCCGAACUGGAUUCAAACGUACCGAGACUGUUGAAUUCUAUGGAGUCACACUAUGGUCCUGUGAAUUGUGUGAGGUGGUCGCGUGACGGAAAGUAUCUGGCGUCGGGUAGCGAUGAUAACUUGGUCAUGGUAUGGGGACUCACUUUGUCUGGUGGCCGCUCUUCGUUUAUCUCGGUGGGUAGCAGCACCUCUGAAAAAAUCGUAGAGAACUGGAUCUGUGUCUAUACACUCCGAGGCCAUUCCGCCGACAUCUCAGAGAUUGCUUGGUCACCCGAUGGAAAAUAUCUGGCAUCAUCAUCCUUUGAUAAAUCCAUUAUAAUUUGGGAUUGUCUGAAUAGUUUUAGUGGACAGCCGAUGUCCGUAAGCGAAAAAGCAAAGCUUAUUAAGCGUGCAUACGGAGAUGCUGUUCGUGUGGGAAACGAUGGCCAACUCAUUGUUGGAAUGAUGAUCGGAACAAGUGGCGGCGGUGGCGGAGUUGCUGGUGGCAGUGGGGUUGGUGGUGGCGGUGGUGGAGCGGAACUGUCAAUGUUGGCAGAGAAUCCAGAUCAACUGACAAUGGAAGACGAAACAUCCACCUCCUCCAAAAACAAUACAUCAACUACGACGACGUCAACAACAUCGGCAUCGGAUAUCGGUGUGCCAAUACAGAUACACCCAACACAAGUAGUUAAACAGCGUCAAAAGGAAACAAUCAUCAAUGGACGACGUAGAAUUACACCGUUGAACAUUGGAGGACCUGCCAGCUCACAAGCAAUCACCAAGCCAUCUCCACUCGCCAUACCCUCACAUCUAAAUCAUAAUUUAAACGGAACACCAACCAUCUCACCACAAUCAUCAACAACAGCAACAACAACAGAUAAUGAUAAUAACAAUAAUAAUAGUUUGGAACCAAUGGAUAUAACAGGAAAUAAUAAUAGCAGUUCAAAUUCUGAAAGUUUAUCAAAGAGUAAUACGGAUUCACCAACAACUCCAACAGCUAAAACUGUACAUCAACCACUCUCGGCAAUGUUAAAAGCAGCUAAACAACAACAGCAACAAACACCAAGGGAUAGCAGUGGUAGUAAGUCAGGAUCUGGAUCAACACAGACAACACCAACAGGAAGUACAAGUACAGGUAACAGCGAGGUUUUGGCAAAAAGAAGAAAUCUCGAGGUACAGGAAUCAACAAGUAAAAAGAAAACUAAAUCUUCAGCUUCGUCAUCGUCUUCUUCUACCUCAGCAUCGAAAGACAAAACAACAGCUUCGUCUUCGGCAUCAGACUCAUCUAGUAAACAUCAGAGUUCUGCAAACAAUCAAGCUGGAAAUGCACCGAUGUUCUUCAACGACAGACUUUCAUCGAUUCAAUUACAACCGGCAACUGGAUCCAAUCAUAUUUCCAAACAUCUUACAACUCACGACCAAACUAUACCAAGAUCAUCAUCAGCUUCGACAUCAGAUAACUUUAAUUUAAUUUUAGAUAUAAACAUUGUGGAGCAAGAACUACUGGAGUCAACUGAAUAUUUCUCCACGAUCCGUUAUCUGAAAGAUUCGAUCUUGUGGGAGAACAAAAUCAAUGGUAAAGUUUGUGUUGCCACUGGUAACCGUCAUUGGUGUGCCGUUGCAACUCACGAUGCAACUCUUCAUAUUUUCAACUACAACGGUGUCUCGAUUAUGUCCAACAUUGUACUGAGAAAUCAAGUGUCAUUUUUGGAGUCAAACAAUCAAUAUCAUCUGCUCAUAAUAACAUGCGACGGUUAUUUCAGUGUCUGGGAUAUCAAAAAGAGAAAAUGUGAAAUAUCAAAUAGAGAAUUACCAUUCUUUUUAAAUAGAGAUAAAUUAACAAUUAGAAAUGCAUUGGUGACUGAGGAAGGUAAACCUAUUAUUUCAAUGAGCAAUGGAGUGUCGUAUGUAUUUACCGAUACAGUUGGAGAGUGGAUAAAAAUUACCGAUAGAUUAGGUUCGCUUUCGGAGUUUAAUAGCAACGCUGAUACCACGAGCAUUGGAAUGCUCGCAAAGCUCCAACAGGCCGGAAAACCAAGCUCGGUGACUGAUCUCAUGACUCUCUCGAACGACCGUGCCUCACAGCUGCAGCUCUCGACAACAUUCCUCGAGAAGCAGCUGUUCCUCGCAACAAUAUUGUCAAGCCCGUCAGAGUACCGACACUGGCUGUUCACCUACGUAACACAUCUCACCAAUCACGCCAAUCAAUUGCGUCUCCAAGAGAUUUGCAACGAUCUUUUAGGUCCAUCUUGCAAUAACAAUAGUUUUAGUAAGAAUCUAUUUGAUAAUAUAGAUAAUAAUAGUAACAAUAACAAUAGCAACAAAAGUAAUAAUAAUAAUGAUAAUCAAGAUUUAUCAAAGCGUGAAUUACUUCGUGAACUCCUUCCAACGAUUGCAAAGAAUCGUACACUACAGAGAAUGGUUGGUCAAUAUAGAGAGUCACUCAAUCAAUUCACAUCCAACAAAGAUAAUUCUUUAGAUAUAUUAUUUUCAUAA